AUGGCCGCAGCGCUCCGCGCUGGGCGAAUCAGCGCCGCGGAUUUUCCGCUCGCCGCGGCCAAACUCGCAGCAGCGUGGAACGCGGCGGAAGACGCGCAGUCGGUUGGCGAGGCGACUCGCAGCUCCCCCGGGGCGCCAGACGCUCAGGGGAAUGCAGAAUCGGAGAGCGCAGUAGCAUCGGAGAGCGCAGUAGCAUCGGGCGCAGCAGGGCCAACUGCGCGGGGUGGUUCCGCUGCAGCGCAGAGGAGUGCGGCAGACGCGGUGGGCGAGCGACAGGGAAGAGAUAAAACUCGCUGCGAGUUGCGCGCGGAGGGCGUGCAGUGGCAGUGGGUUGCGGCGCGGGCGUCGUCGCUGGCAGUGGGAGGUGAGGGCGCGGAGUGGGCGAGAGGCCCUCCCUGCCCUCUCCGUCCCCCUCUUUAUCCGCCUCUCUCCCCUCCCUCACAUCCACUCGCCCCUCGGUUCCCUCUUCCCCACUCCCGCCUUAUCACUAGCUCCCUUCCUCUCGGAUAUCCACUCUCGCGCCCUCGACCUCCCGCACCCCCCGCUGCCAUCAGACAUUCACAGCUCACCCCAUCAUCCUUUCCUCUGCACCCUCCCUCCCACCGCCCUGGCCCAGGCGGCUACCUCACCACCCGCCACCCGCUGCUGCUGCACCGCGCGCCCAGCCAGCAGCACCCCGGCUGUUGCCCACUUGACUCAGAGGCUGCGGCUGGCUCGCCUCAAGUGGUUGACUCGGUUGACCCAACUCACUCCGCUGGCCCAGCUGGCCCGGUUGACUGGGCUGGUGCGGUUGACCUGAGGGGCGACGAGCCGCACGACCCUGCCACCCUGCACUGCUGCCGUCCUCCCAGGCGCACCGCAUCGCCGCCGCAGUCUCCCCUGCAUGCACCCAAGUCACCAGCAGCACGGUGCACAGCGGGGCCAAGCAAACUGGACAGCGCGUUGAGAGAUGAGGGGGGGCCGCUUCGUGAUGCCGCACGUGAAGCGAGGAGUGCACAGCCACCACCAUGUGACGUGGCAUCAAGUGACAUGGCAGCAAGUGAAGUGCCAUCAAGUGACGUGGCAUCAAGUGACGUGGCAUCAAGUGGCGUGGCAUCAAGUGACAUGGCAUCAAGUGACACGGUGGUGUUGGUGCACUGCCACAUGGUGUUUGAUGCUGCUUACUCGGUGCCUCAACUGCUGCUCCUGCCAUGCCUCCCAGACGGCCGCCCCCUGCCCUGGCAGGACCUCUUUGCCUUCCUGCCGCGCCUUCCCGACCACCCCUUGCUGCCCUCACCCCUCCCCUCCGCCCCUCUUCCGCCCACCGCGCAUGACCCCUCUCUGGACACCUGGCACCUGCUUACACCCCUGUGCACCGUGCCAUGUGAUCACCCUCACUGCACUUCCAGUGCACCGUGCCAUGUGAUCGCCCUCACUGCACUUCCAGUGCACCGUGCCAUGUGA